AUGGCGACGUUUGAGCUGUACAGAAGAUCGACGAUCGGGAUGUGCUUGACGGAGACUCUCGAUGAGAUGGUUCAAAAUGGUACUCUAAGUCCUGAGCUAGCCUUCCAGGUCCUUGUUCAGUUUGAUAAGUCUAUGACUGAAGCUUUGGAAACACAAGUGAAGAGCAAAGUCUCAAUUAAGGGACAUCUGCAUACCUACAGAUUCUGCGACAAUGUUUGGACCUUCAUUUUACAGGAUGCUUUGUUUAAGAAUGAGGACUCCCAGGAGCUUGUUGGCCGUGUUAAAAUAGUGGCAUGUGACUCGAAGCUGCUUACACAAUGA